GCAAAUUCUCUUGGGCUAUAUAAACUACCGUAACAUCUUCUUUCUCUUCACCGACCUACAAAUAUUAAGUAAAUCAUCAUAAUUUUUAGGUUUUUCCUUCGCAAGAAGCAACAGAUAGUAAUGGCUCAAAUUCAUAAGCUUCAAGGUGAACUCAUACUCGAAAGUCAUGCUGAUAAGUUAUACACCAUGAUGACUCGUGAUGCACCUAGUCUUCCAAAAUACGUUCCUCAAUUAGUCCACAAGUGUCAAGUUCUCCCGGAAGAUGGUGAAAUUCGUCUGGGUAGUAUUUUUGUUUGGGACUACGUAAUAGACACGUCUACUGUCAGGACGAAGGACAGGAUAACUGCAGUGGAUCAUAAAAAUAUGUCAAUAACUUACACAGUCUUUGAAGGACACCUUUCAGUCGAUUACCCAAGUUUUGAUAUCACACUUGAUGUUACUCCAAUCCAGAGGGGAGGAGGUAGUAAAAGCAAGGUGAACUGGUCAAUCAAGUAUGAGAAAGAGAAUGAACAAGUUCCUCCGCCAACUUCCUUCGCGAAGUUUUUUGAAGCAUUUUUCAGAGAAUUGGAUGCCAAGUUGUUCGAGACAACCCUUUGAAAGAGAUAUGAUCAAGAUUAUCACGAGUAAUGACUAGCUUUACAAAAGGAUGACCAUUAUGCAUGUCCCCAUGGGAAAGCACUUGUAACUUAGCUAAAUGCAUGUCCCCAGUGUGUGUGUUUGUAAUUUGAUGUCUAAAUAUAUUGGACACCUAAAUAAAGUUAUUAUGUGGAUUUAACUUCCACAGCUUAUUAUCUUAUC